GUCCCCUCUUUCGUCGAGUCCUCCUGCAGACCGAACUUCACGUCGCAAACGAUGGGUGAGAGGCCUCUGAGCAGAUUCCAGAACAUCCGAGUCUAUUGGCUCGCGUUCAUCGUCUACUGGGGCAUCAUUUUGUUCGGAUACGACACUGGAGUUGGUGGUGGCGUCGUCGAUCAAACGUACUUUCAGUCAGCAUUUGGGCUCACCAACGCGGAUGGCUCGGUUAACACCGCAAAAGAGGACACUAUUGCCUCGAAUGUUGUCUCCGUGCUCCAAGCAGGCGCGUUCUUCGGUGCCAUUGGCAGUGCGCCUAUCUCUUCUGCUAUCGGCCGCAAGUGGACUUUGUUCGCGUUCACGAUGCUCUUUGCCGUGGGUGCGAUCCUGCAGACAGUCGCUGGCGGAUCGCGUGGCAUUGGCUACAUCUACGGUGGUCGAGUAGUUGCUGGUGUUGGCAUCGGCGCGAUCUCUGCCGUGGCCCCGGCCUUUGUUUCGGAAUGCAGCCCGAAAGAUGUCCGUGGUCGCAUCACUGGUCUAUUCCAGAUCAUGGUCGCUAUCGGUGUCAUGAUUUCGUAUUUCAUCAACCUUGGUAUCAGUCUGCACAUCCCCGACGGUCCAAAGGUGUGGCGCAUCCCGUUCGGCUUCCAGCUCGUACCCGCCGGCAUCAUGGCCCUUGGUCUCCUCACCGUCAAGGAGUCGCCUCGAUGGCUUGCGACGAAGGAUCGUACCUCCGAGGCCCUCGCGAACUUGGCUUACCUUCGUCGUCUCCCGCCCGAUGAUGAGAGCGUGCUAUCCGAGAUGGCUGAGAUUGAGGCUGCUAUUGCGGAGGAGCGCGAGCUGCGCAAGGGCCUCGGCGUGAAGGAAGCCGUGUUUGGCAAGGGCAACUUUAUCCGGUUCUUCAUUGCCGUCGUCAUCUUUAUCCUCCAGCAAUGGGGCGGGCAGAACUCGGUCAAUUACUAUGCCCCGCAGAUCUUCCAGUCGAUCGGCUACUAUGGAACCUCCAACUCGUUGCUGGCCUCGGGUAUUUAUGGCAUCGUCAAGGUCGUGGCGACGAUCAUCUUCGUGUUCUUCCUCGCAGACACCCUGGGUCGCAAGUGGUCGCUGCUCAUAUCUGCCCUCGGAAUGGGCGUAAUGUUCUUCAUCGUCGGUGCACUUCUCAAGACGUAUCCACCGGUGACAGAUUCUGCGACGCCCUCGGUAGCGUCCAAGGCCAUGGCCGCGAUGCUAUACAUCUUUGUCUGUUUCUACUCGCUUGGUUGGGGUCCGUUGCCAUGGGUCUACGUUGCAGACAUCUUCCCGACGAGAACCAGACACUAUGGUCUCGCCACUGCCAGCGCGUCCCAGUGGCUCUUUAACUUCGUGUUGUCGAAGGUGACGCCAACGCUUGUGACUGAGAUGGGCUACAAGAUCUUCCUCAUGUUCGCGACCAUCGACAUCGCCGGUCUGGCUGUCUUCUCUGCCCUCAUCCCAGAGACAAAAGGCCGCAGUCUAGAAGAGAUGGACAUCAUCUUCGGCUCCGUUUCGGCAGAUCGGCGCGAGGCAGAGAUCAAGCGACAAGAAAGAGUCCUGGAAAAAGAGGUCAACGAAACGACAUCUGUACAGUCUGUGGAGGCCAAGGUCUAAGGAGUGCUCUCUAUUGCUGAGGAGCGUAGGCUCCGUACCUACGCGCGCCGCAUGUCCUUCUAUGUAUGCUGUACGAGUAAUGACGUCGACGAUCUUCAUGCUUCUUUCUUGCAUUGUAUUUUUAAACCUUGCAACUAUGUAUCAUAGUCAAUCUACAUAAUAUCCAGU